AUGCUCGAGCCGCCGUCAGUUUCCACUCUCGCCUCCCUCUUCGGAAUCGCCGUACCCGUUAUGUUCCUCCUCGCUCCUGUAGCCUGCCUCGCCACAACAUUCAUCUCCGCGCCUUACGGUCGACACGUGCGACCCGGCUGGGGUCCCUUAAUCCCCGCGCGGCUCGCGUGGAUCUUCAUGGAGAGCCCCGCGCUUUGGCUUUCCGCCAUGGCGUUCAGCUGGGGCUGGCACGGCUGCCACGUGGCAGAUCGGAAAGCAGGAUCAACGGCGGGUGCGGCGGCAGCGGUAUCGGAGGCGACGGAUGCGGCACCAGUAAUUAUGGCGUUUUAUCUGGUGCACUAUUUUCACCGGGUGGUGAUUUACCCGAUGCGGAUGCGAGCUGAGGGCAAGACGAUGCCCGUGACGGUGAUGCUUCUGGCGUUCUGCUACAACCUGCUCAACGGCUUCAUGCAGGGCUGGCAAGUGGGAGGCGCUGAGAACGCCGCAAUGCCGCCGAAAACGGCGCAGGAGCUUCAGGCGGAGAAACUGAAGCAGAAGGGUAACGAGUACUUCAACAAAGGGUUUCUCGGAGCAGCUAUAGACGCGUACACGGAGGCCAUCACCUUUGCCCCAGGGGUGCCAGUUUAUUGGACCAACCGAGCUCUAUGCCACAGGAGAAAAUGCGAUUGGCCGAGAGUAGAGCAUGACUGCACGAAGGCGUUGGAACUGGACAGAAAUUCCGUCAAGGCGCGCUUUCUUCUUGGCCUUGCUCUGGUGGAGCUGAGCCGAUUCCCAGAGGCGAUCAGAGAGCUGGAGAAGGCGUUGGAAGCACUGAGGAAUGACACGCGGUUGGUGCGCAGUGACAACCUGGACGACAUCUGGCGAGUUCUUGCUUCUGCCAAAUACCGGCGGUGGGAGGAAGAGGCCAAGGCGAGGAGGGAGAAGCAGCAGGCGCUGGGAGAUGAGCUAAAGCUGCUACUAAAGAAUCGCCUGUGUCAGCAAGUAUCGCAGCUUCUUGGCAAAGAGGGCGCGCUGAAUGGGUCAGCUCAUGUGGACUUCUCCAGUUUGGGAAACACGGAUGGUCUGGACCCUCACAAGUCGGAGCAAGUGAGGACGCUAGUGCAGCAGUACCAGGAGCGACUCAACACGCUGGAAAACGUGUUUGAUAAGGCAGGAGCACCAGACAGACCUACCGAGGUGCCUGACUUCCUCUGCUGCAAGAUCACCAUGGACAUUUUCAAGGAUCCUGUCAUCACCCCCAGUGGCGUGACAUACGAACGAGCAGUGCUGGUGGAUCACCUGAAGUCGGGAAAACACUUUGACCCGGUAACAAGGGCCUCCUUGACGCCAGAGCAGCUGGUGCCAAACCUGGCACUCAGAGAAACAGUACAACACUUUUUAGAUGAUCACGGGUGGGCCUAUAAUUUGCAAUAA